CAGGGACCACUUGGACCAACGAGAACUGAACACUGUUUCAUUUCAGUGCAGAAACAACGGCGUUCAACGCGAGUGGACCAGGGCGCCGCGCAGAAGCCCAUUGUCUGCUUCAAACAGGGCAACUACGGGAAACGGCUUUGACCAAAACAGCGGUGUGGGAGGAGUGUCCGAGUGGUAGGCACUGCGGGUUUGUAAAGACACAGAAAAAAAGAGGGGGGGCCCUGGACAAGAUCUGGCCAAUAACGGAAAAUGAACCUCAGUCAAGUUGUGAUAAUAUGAACCGCGUUUUGUUGCAGUUGGCGACCAACUAUUGAUGCUUCUGUGUUGAUCGCUUCCCAGACCACCGCAUCGCGCGAACUUCUUUUGUUCGCAUCGCCUGAGUCCUAAUUUCUAGCCUCCACAUUUGUGUUGUCGCUGAAGAAGACUUAGCCGCUCCAUUUUAAAAAAAGAGAAAACAACCAAUAAUGAAUUUCCAGUCGAGCGUCCCAGUGUCCGGUAUCUCGCAGCAAUCUCAGCCAGCCAUGCCCACUCCAGGGACGGUCCCGGCGCCCGUUCCCGUCCCGGUACCCCAGUCCAUCCCGUCCCAGUUCGGAUCCGGAUCGUCUGCGAGCUCAGGGGCCGGUCAGUUCGGUUCGGGGACUGUUUCGGGUCAGGCUGCACAGUCCGGCCCGGCCGGCUCGCAGUUUGUUUUGUCCAACUCAGCAGCCAUCAGAGCGGAGAUCCACCGGUUCGAGUCCGUCCACCCGAACAUCUACGCCAUCUACGACCUGAUCGAGCGCAUCGACGACCUGGCUCUGCAGAACCAGAUCAGAGAGCAUGUCAUCUCUAUUGAAGACUCAUUCGUCAAUAGUCAGGAAUGGACAUUGAGUCGAUCAGUUCCAGAGCUGAAAGUGGGUAUUGUUGGGAAUCUGUCCAGUGGGAAGUCUGCCCUGGUGCAUCGAUACUUGACAGGCACAUAUGUGCAGGAAGAGUCUCCUGAAGGUGGACGCUUCAAGAAAGAAAUUGUGGUGGACGGACAGAGCUACCUGCUUCUCAUCAGAGAUGAAGGAGGGCCUCCGGAACUGCAGUUUGCUGCCUGGGUGGAUGCAGUGGUUUUCGUCUUUAGCCUGGAGGAUGAGAUCAGCUUUCAGACAGUCUACAAUUACUUCUUGCGCCUAUCCAGCUACAGAAACACAGCUGAGGUGCCAAUGGUCCUCGUUGGAACACAAGAUGCAAUCAGUGCAGCCAAUCCCAGAGUGAUUGAUGACUCUCGGGCCAGAAAGCUGUCUAACGAUCUGAAACGCUGCACAUACUACGAGACUUGCUCCACCUAUGGUCUGAAUGUGGAGAGAGUCUUCCAGGAUGUUGCCCAGAAGGUUGUGGCCAUGAGGAAAAAGCAGCAGCUGUCUAUUGGUCCAUGCAAAUCUCUCCCUAACUCUCCGAGUCACUCUUCAGUGCCAGCUGCAUCCAUCCCCUCUGUUCACCUUAACCAGGCAGCCAAUGGUGGGGGUGCGUUCAGCGACUACUCCUCCUCUGUUCCCUCCACCCCCAGCAUAAGUCAGCGGGAGAUGCGCAUUGAGACCAUCGCUGCCUCCAACACGCCCACGCCCAUCCGCAAGCAGUCGAAGCGGCGCUCCAAUAUUUUCACAUCACGGAAAGGCAGUGAGCAAGCAAAGAACGUUGACAGUAAAACAGACAGCAUAGGCAGUGGAAGGGCCAUACCUAUCAAACAGGGAAUCCUUCUGAAGCGAAGUGGCAAAUCCCUCAACAAGGAGUGGAAAAAGAAAUAUGUCACACUGUGCGAUAAUGGCGUCCUCACUUACCACCCCAGUUUACAUGACUACAUGCAGAAUGUGCAUGGAAAGGAGAUUGAUUUGCUGAGGACAACAGUGAAGGUACCAGGGAAGCGACCGCCCAGAGCAGUGGCCACUGUGGCGCCAAGCGCAAGUCCUAAAACCAACGGACUAACGAAGGAUCGCAGCGCCCUGCAACUUGGACCCUCUUCUGAUUAUGCGAUUGGGAUUUUGAUUUCUGAUCCUGCUACUUCCAGCAGUGCCACGAGUCCUAAACUUGAGCCUCCUCCCUCGCCGCACGCCAACCGCAAGAAACACAGGCGGAAAAAGAGCACGGGCAUCACAAAGCCGGAUGGCCUAUCAGCGGGCAAUGAUGAGCAAGAAGAUUCCUUUGAGUUCAUCAUUGUGUCAUUGACGGGCCAGACGUGGAACUUCGAAGCAUCUACAUAUGAGGAGAGGGAGCUAUGGGUGCAAGCAAUAGAGAGCCAGAUCUUUGCCAGCCUACAGUCCUGUGAGAGCAUCAAGAACAAGUCUCGGUUAGGCAGCCAAAGUGAUGCAAUGGCCAUUCAGUCCAUACGGAACGUGAGGGGGAACAGCUUCUGUGUGGACUGUGAUGCACCCAACCCAGAUUGGGCCAGUUUGAACCUGGGUGCCUUGAUGUGCAUUGAGUGCUCAGGCAUUCACAGGAACCUGGGCACCCACCUGUCCCGCGUGCGCUCUCUGGACCUGGACGACUGGCCGGUGGAGCUGAGCAUGGUGAUGACAGCAAUCGGCAACACCAUGGCCAACAGCGUAUGGGAGGGCUGUUUGGAGGGAUACACAAAGCCAGGGAGCGACAGCACCAGGGAGGAGAAGGAGCGCUGGAUCAGAGCCAAGUACGAGCAGAAGCUGUUCCUGGUCGGGCUGCCUCAGUCGGAUGUUCCUCUGGGGCAACAGCUGCUCCGGGCAGUGGUGGAGGAUGACUUGAGGCUGGUGGUGCUGCUGCUGGCACACGGCACCAAGGAGGAGGUCAAUGAGACUUACGGUGAUGGAGAUGGACGCACUGCGCUGCACCUCUCGUGUGCCAUGGCCAAUGUUGUCAUCACGCAGCUGCUCAUCUGGUAUGGUGUGGAUGUGAAAAGCCGAGAUGCUCGGAACCAAACGCCGCUGUCCUACGCCCGGCGAGCCGGGAGCCAGGAGUGCGCCGACAUCCUACUGCAACACGGCUGCCCCAACGAUUCCAGCAGCUUAAGCCCCGUCCCCACGUCCAGUGUGAGCCUCCGCAAUCCCAACAUCAACAACAACAACGCCCAGUGUGAGCUCAACCGCAGCAUCAGCAUCAUGUAGAAGCCAGAGAAAAUCUAGCUGCAGACAACAACAAAAAAGAAAAAAAGCACCCAAACCCGGCCGUGUGUACUUGUACUUCCUCUGUUUCACACUGUGUAACCCAGAAUCAGCACCAAUGGAGAGAUAUCAGGUAUCGAGUUACUGGAGAUAUUCCACUUCGCUGCAAACUUGGACAUUGUACAUUUUUAAAUAUAUUUUAUUUUUUAUUCCUUUUUUUCCUCCUAAUUUUAUUCAGUCUUGGUCUGAAAUGAUCACGAUCAGCUUUAAGAUUUAUGUUUUUGAAGCCUCAACCAAACAGAUUACUUCCUUCUGCAUUUAUACCAUAUAGAAAAAGCAUAUCCUUAACACUCAAAACAUUUCCUACUAUGUCGUCCUCUUCCCUUUUGUAAUGGGAACAGAGAAAUAUAAUGAGUGUGAGUCAGAAAACGGCUUCAAAUUUUCAAGCUUAAGCAUCAACACGCAGAACAGUAAAAAAGUAGUUUCUACAAGUGAGAAAACACUGACGCAGGGAGAAACUUAAUCUCUCAUAACAGUGACUGUUACAGCUUUCACAGUGAUGUAUGUCUUCAACACUCUAUCAUAUACAAAAGCAAAGCAAUUAUGGUUAAAGAGGCCAAAUGAUUUCGACACUUAAUUCACAGGGAAAUGGAUUUGGAUCAUCAUAGAAAGAGCUGAUUGCAGAAUUCCUAUUGGGUGAGAGCGAGUCAUUUUCUAUGGCACAAUCUUUCAGUAAACGUGUCCGUGACUAUAAAGGAAUUAAGGGCCAUGAUGUUUUAGGACUAUUAAGUCGCACUGCUUUGUUAGUGUGCCUCUUCAAUCAAAAUUCAUUCAGAUUCAAAGGUUUGAUUGAAACUGUGAACUUCUACCAUUAUGAUCUCUUUGUUAGAGUUAUUAUUUCUUUUAAGAUUGAGUGGAUUAUGUUGGUAAUUGCUUCAGAGAUUCAGUCAGUUUAACAGCACAGGAUUCUGGGAGAUCAGCUGAUAGAUGUAGAACUGGUACUCUAGAGAUCAUAUCCACUAUUAUUGCUGUGAAAUACAUAUGUGGUGGGGUGUGUGUGCGUGUGUAUGACUGAACAUCUGCUUCAGGGGCAUUUCUGUGGAGAAGUCAUAAACAUUAAGUAAAAAUUUGGGAACAUAACUGGGUUUCAUUGUACAGAUAUCUGUAAAAAGUAGUUCAUGUUCCUUUGCCUUAUUCCUUACGCAAACCGUUUGACCUAGCUCAGAUUUGUAGUCUAAAUGAAAAAAAUGACCCCUGUCCUUUUCCUUUAGCAUUUCCUAUCCUCACAUCAUGUGAGCGUAAAAGCUGGGAGACAACAACAUGUAUUUAUGUGACUGAAGUAAAGGUGGUAAAAGGGAUUACAAUCAGAAAGAGGUUAAUAGAGGGAAGUUUUUUUCAUACAACUGUGCAGUAUUCUACAGAUUUUUUUUCACCUGGUUUUAUCUGGUUUGCAAAUUUGUAAGUAUUUUAUUUAAUUUAAUUUUUUAUUUUUUUGGUUUACAAAGGCAAAAAUAUUUGUUUACAGGGCUAAUAACUACAUUAUACCUUAUCUGCAAUACUCAUGUUGAUGCUUUAUGGAUUUUAACUUUUCCCAAUUUUUUAUAUGGCCAGAAGAGGAUACUUGCAAGACUUAGGAAGGGAUUAUUUGACAUUUUUGUAAAUGUGCUAUUUUUUUUGUUCAAAGUUGAUGUAGACAAACAAAAAAAUAAUAAUUAAGAAAUUAUCAAGCUACAUUUUGAGAUGCAAAAAAACAUGCACAUCCAACAAUACACCUCAUUCACCAAUACAACCGUGUUAUGUACCGUGUUAUGUCUAAUACAAAUAUGAAGUUGGGCAGCAAAGAAUCCUUAACUGGUACCGUUGUCCCUGCAGGAAGCCUGCUGACACGUGAAUCUUGCACUACUUUAGUACAAUAUGUUUUGAAAGAAUUGAUGGAAAAUAGUCUGUAGCAGAAAUGUCUUCCUUUAAAAUAAAUAGCAUUUGAAUUAGUAGAAAUGUGAACUUGUGAAUUAGAACUUGGAUACUGGUCCGUGUGAGAUCCUCAUAUUAUCUUGACCUUGAGUAAAUUAAUAUUUCUUAACAAGUUGCAAACCGAUGAAAGCUCUAGCAGCCUUCUUUUACAGCAGGAAAACUCCUGGUCAGUGUGGCAUUUUUCUCUGACAUCUCAACAAAGGCCAUUUAAACCUUAAGAACAGAAUAACUUCAAAUAUUUAGAUGAUUUUUGACACCUUAAUAUAUCAUGACACUGAUAACCAGCACCUACCUGGUAGAAAUGCUGGGAUUGCUGAUAUCACCUGCCACAUUCUAAAACCUGAAAAUUAACCCAAAAAAGAUUUUUUUUCAGUGUGCUCUUAGAUAGCUUGAGAACAAUAAGUCAAGAGUUUAUUGUGUAAUCUUGACUUUGUAGUGCCAAAGUUAGUCUAUCUGUGUCAGCUUUCCCAUUGGUUGAGAUGGUUGUCCUCUUACAUUCAUGUUUAACGGCUAAGUGGAUACAUUUGGCUUGGCUUUGGCUUUUGGGUACUAUUUGGGUACUAACUAGAUGCUUUAAUGCUACUGGGUACAUCUUGUGAAAAAGCACAUUUCUGCCGAAAAUGUUAAACAAUUCCUUCAAGACCUCACAAGUCCACCUGAGUUUUGCUCAAAUUUUCAACUUGUACUGUACUGCGAUAUAAGCCUUAUUUCUGAUCAUUACUUGACCACCUUAUUUCACUGAGACUUUUUCAUGGUUCAGUGGGAUGACAGAAGAUCUCCAUAUGUACAGCAAUUACCCUGAAACCCUAUUUACAUACUGUAGAUGAUAGAAAGAAAAAACACUAGAAUUACCCGCCUGUUUGAAUCCAAACAAACAAUAUGAAAUGUAUAUAUUAGCUUAGUGCUUUUAUCGAAAGGAAAGCUCCUCUUGGAGAGACAAACUAAACUGAUUUUGGUCAUCUUGAUCCAUAAGUUGUUUUUGUUUCUUUUUGAACAUAUUUUUUAAGGUCCUUCUGUUUGGAUCUUAACAUAGCCAACCAUCUUUGGUACUUGUGUAUAAUGAUGUACAUUUGACAUAUUUAUAAUGCAGUAUGUAAAUAUCUUUUUGUGUAUUUGUUUUGUUUGUUUGUUUUAUCUAUUGUAUUUCCUUUUACGUUCAGAACGUGAAACAAAGUAAAAGCUAAAGAGUAACAUGUUGUAUGCUUGGCUGACUCUUGCCCUAUUAAUAAACACUCAAAUAAAACAUUGUAGCCUUCCCCAAAAUUUGGGGAAACCUGACACA